AUGACACUCCAGGAUAUGGGCGACCUCGAGAAGAACAUCGGCUCGCGUGCCGAAGCUGACGACAGCUCUUCGGACACUUCUACACUUCUCAACAAGCCAGAAACAGAGGUAGCAGCCUCUGACCCUGCCACAGACAGCAUCGCUCUGCCAGCUGAAGAAGCGUCUGCACCCGAAGUCCGCCGCUACAUCACAGAAGUCCUCACCAUCAACCAUGAACUCGAUGUCCACGACGCACAGAACAUUGCGUCCAAGUGGACCAUAGGCUCCGGCCGUGACUUGCGCAAGUUCACUCCUUGUAUCUACCGCGAUAUCUUUGGAUCCGCCACCGCGUGGAUUCUUUAUCGAGAAGUCAAGGUCGUGGCUGCGCAAGAAAAUUUCAAGAAGUCGCCGCCUAUGAAGUGGCCAGCUCGCCUCGGCAUUGCCGGCACGCUCGUUGCGUUCGAGGCACUUUUUUCAUUCGUCCUUACACACUUCGGUGGUAUGGUGCUCCUUUGGGUGAUGGCUCCGUUUUAUUUCUUUGGGCUCUGCGGUUGCGUUGCUGUGCUUGCGGAUGGGGCGGAUAAGCUUGGCGAUGAUAAGAAGGCUCGCGAGAAGACUCUCGAAAAGGUCGAGAACGAGUUGAUAAAGUACUGGGGUAUCGAUGGCAAUGGGACCAAGUCCUCGGGAUGA